CCUGCUGUUGAGCAGGAGGAACUAAUCCCAGGGACUCUGCUGCCGGCCGGCAUUUGGCGAGAUGAAGGAUCAAGGGAUAGAGACAGAGAUGUACGUAUUGGGGGGCGGGGGGAAGGCAGUCUAUUGAGGCCCCUGGCCUAGGGAGAAUUGAGGAGAGGAGAGGAGAGGUAGUACGCCGUUUGCAGAGGAGGAGAGAAUAGCGUAGAGGCAGAAAGGAGAAGAGAGAUGCUGGCAUGCUGAAGAGGGGAGGGAUGUAAACAGAAGAGGAAGAAGCAGGAAUUUAAGGAGAGAGACCCUUGUGGAGAACUGAGAAGGGGGUAGGAGAGAGAUGGUGAGCGAGGAGGGGCUGGGGCUGCUAAUAGCUCUGGCCCGUUGAAGCAGGGAUGGAGAGGAGAAAUGGAGGAAGGGAUGGCUGGAGAGAGAGAGAGAGAGAGACCGAGAAUGCACGGCCUUAGAGUGGGCGCUUCAGUGUUUGAAUAGCGGCGGUGAAAUCGUUAGCUUUAUUUAGACGUGUAAACACCCAAGUGAGCCCGGUCAAUACUGAGGGGGAGUUAUCUGCUCCACAUCGCCUCUGUUCCCAUCCCUUGUUUGUUUGCAUCUGAAUAAACGAAAAACAAGCCACGAGGAGUUUGUGAAGGGCUAAUUUUGCGGGAGGCUGUCCCUGCUUGGACCCCGUGUUCGCCUCGUGGCGAUUUGCUCUGCGUUGCCAUCAAUCACUUUUUUGGGGGGGUCACGCUAAGCCUUGUUUAAUGGUGUAAGCAUAAAAGGCUUUAAUCACCAAGUUGAAAUUAUUUCAGCAACAGCAUUGUUAAACUGUUUAUGGGUAAUGCCUUUUAACUCCGGCACAGUCCGUUCCAUCCGGCCCUUUGCAUAUAGGAAAACCAGCACAAAUUGAAACAUUAGCCACGUCCGGGGAGAUUCCUUGUCGAAUCCAGCUAGAGUAUUUGGAAGCAGAUCAUUCACGGUAAAGAGAGGUCAUUCCUUCAGUGGGAGAGAGAGGGCCUUGUAUGUUGUGGGGAAGAGGGUUUGAUUGGGAAGAGAGAGCUGGUACCUUGGUUAGUGAGUAACUCCGACCGCUUCGGAAGUACAUUUAUGCACUGCCUGGCGUGUCUUAGUGCUGUCGUGACACUGCAGCUGCGGAAAGACGUCGGGAAAGGACUUGGCGAAGCCUGGGGCCACACUAGUCGAACCAGCCCUUUGGAUAAUGUUGGACGGGAACUGGGAUCCCAUCUUUUGCAGACCUUGGAUGGUUUCAUAUUUGUUGUGGCUCCAGACGGCAAGAUCAUGUACAUUUCAGAGACGGCCUCCGUUCAUCUGGGUUUAUCACAGGUAGAGCUGACUGGAAAUAGCAUUUACGAAUACAUCCACCCUGCUGAUCACGAUGAGAUGACCGCGGUGCUCACAGCUCACCAGCCCUACCACUCUCACUUCGUGCAGGAAUACGAGAUCGAGCGCUCCUUUUUCCUAAGGAUGAAGUGCGUCUUGGCUAAAAGGAACGCGGGGCUGACCUGCGGGGGCUACAAGGUCAUUCAUUGCAGCGGCUACCUGAAGAUCCGCCAGUACAGCCUGGACAUGUCCCCCUUCGAUGGCUGCUACCAGAACGUCGGCUUGGUCGCUGUUGGCCACUCGCUGCCGCCCAGCGCGGUGACGGAAAUCAAGCUGCACAGCAAUAUGUUCAUGUUCCGGGCCAGCCUGGACAUGAAGCUCAUCUUCUUAGACUCCAGGGUGGCCGAGCUGACGGGUUACGAGCCGCAGGACCUGAUAGAGAAGACCCUUUACCACCACGUCCAUGGCUGUGACACCUUCCACUUGCGCUGCGCUCACCAUUUGCUGCUGGUGAAAGGGCAGGUGACCACCAAAUACUACCGCUUCCUGGCCAAGCACGGCGGCUGGGUGUGGGUGCAGAGCUACGCCACCAUCGUGCACAACAGCAGGUCCUCGCGGCCGCACUGCAUAGUCAGCGUCAACUACGUCCUCACGGAUACCGAAUAUAAAGGACUACAACUCUCCCUGGAUCAAGUGACAGCAACCAAGCCAUCAUUCUCAUACGCAAAUUCAACUCCAACCAUAACGGACAAUAGAAAGGGAAGCAAAUCACGGCUCUCAAGCACAAAGUCAAAAUCAAGGACAUCACCGUAUCCACAGUAUUCUGGAUUUCACACAGAAAGAUCUGAAUCUGACCAUGAGAGCCAAUGGGGUGGAAGUCCACUAACUGAUACUGCCUCUCCACAAUUAAUGGAACCUGCUGAAAGGCCAAGCUCUCAACACCAUGACGUCUCCUGUGCCUAUAGACAGUACUCAGACCGCAGCUCUCUCUGCUAUGGUUUUGCACUUGACCAUUCCAGGUUGACCGAUGAUAGACAUUUCCAUACUCAGGCCUGUGAAGGAGGCAGGUGUGAGGCUGGUAGAUAUUUCCUGGGCACACCACAGCCUGGAAGGGAUACUUGGUGGGGUUCUCGUUCAGCAUUGCCCCUGACAAAAACUUCCCCUGAAAGCAGAGAAGCAUAUGAAAACAGCAUGCCCCACAUCACUUCAGUUCACAGAAUACAUGGGAGAGGACACUGGGAUGAGGACAGUGUUGUUAGCUCCCCAGAUCCUGGUUCUGCUAGUGAAUCAGGAGACCGAUACCGUACUGAGCAGUAUCAAAGUAGUCCACAUGAGCCCAGCAAAAUUGAAACGCUAAUAAGAGCUACCCAACAAAUGAUUAAAGAGGAAGAAAACAGGCUUCAGUUACAGAAAACAACCCCUGAUCAGCUGGUCUCCAUUAAUGGAGCAGGGAAAAAGCACUCUAUUUGUUUUGCAAACUACCAGCCACAACAGUUGACAGGGGAUGUCUGCCGUGUUCCUACAGUUGCCAACACCUCUCCUUGUGAACACGUCCAGCAACGAGAUGGAAAGCUUAUGAGCCCACAUGAAAAUGACUAUGACAACAGCCCCACAACAUUGUCUAGGAUAAGCAGCCCAAAUUCCGACCGCAUUUCUAAAUCUAGUUUGAUACUAGCUAAAGACUACCUGCAUUCAGACAUGUCCCCUCAUCAAGCCACAGGGGACCAUCCAGCAGCUUCUCCAAAUUAUUACACCUCACACAGGCAGUACUUUGACAAGCAUGCUUACACGUUAACUGGAUAUGCUCUGGAGCAUCUAUAUGACAGUGAAACCAUUAGAAACUAUUCCUUGGGCUGUAAUGGAUCACACUUUGAUGUGACUUCUCACUUAAGGAUGCAGCAAGAUCCAGCACAAGGACACAAGGGGACAUCUGUUAUAAUAACCAAUGGAAGCUGAUGUUUUUUCUAAAAUAUUUUGUGCUCUAAAAAAAUCUUUGAAAUAUAAUUGGAAGAUAUAUAAGUUUUAA